AUGCAGCCCGCGCUGCCCCUGCUGCUGCCGCUGCUGCUGCUCGCGGCGCCCGCCCGGGCCCAGCCGCCCGCCGGCUGCCCCGCGCGCUGCGAGCCCGCCCGCUGCCCCGAGCCCGGGCCCUGCCCGGCCGGCCGGGUGCGGGACGCCUGCGGCUGCUGCGAGGUGUGCGGGGCGGCCGAGGGCGCCGAGUGCGGGGCGCAGGGGCCGCCGUGCGGCGAGGGGCUGCGCUGCGUGGUGCCCCGCGGGGUGCCCGCCUCGGCCACGGUGCGGCGGCGCGCGGCGCCCGGGCUGUGCGAGUGCGCCCGCCCCGAGCCCGUGUGCGGCAGCGACGCCGUCACCUACGCCUCCGAGUGCCAGCUGCGCGCCGCCGCCCGCCGCGCCCAGAGCCUGCAGCGCCCGCCCGUGCUCCUGCUGCAGCGCGGAGCCUGCGGCCCAGGGCAGGACGACCCCAACAGUCUGCGCCACAAAUACAACUUCAUCGCAGACGUGGUGGAGAGGAUCGCGCCCGCCGUCGUGCACAUCGAGCUGUUCCGCAAGCUGCCCUUCUCCAAGCGGGAGGUGCCGGUGGCCAGUGGCUCGGGCUUCAUCGUGUCGGAGGACGGGCUCAUCGUCACCAACGCCCACGUGGUGACCAACAAGCACCGGGUGAAGGUGGAGCUGAAGGACGGCGCCACCUACGAGGCCAAGAUCAAGGACGUGGACGAGAAGGCCGACAUCGCCCUCAUCAAGGUGGACCACGAGGGGAAGCUGCCGGUGCUGCUGCUGGGCCGGUCCGGGGAGCUGCGUCCGGGCGAGUUCGUGGUGGCCAUCGGGAGCCCCUUCUCGCUGCAGAACACGGUCACCACCGGCAUCGUCAGCACCACGCAGCGCGGCGGCAAGGAGCUGGGGCUGCGCAACUCCGACAUGGACUACAUCCAGACGGACGCCAUCAUCAACUACGGAAACUCGGGCGGCCCCCUGGUCAACCUGGACGGCGAGGUGAUCGGCAUCAACACGCUGAAGGUGACGGCGGGCAUCGCCUUCGCCAUCCCGUCCGAUAAGAUCAAGAAGUUCCUCACCGAGUCCCACGACCGGCAGGCCCGGGGCAAAGCCGUCACCAAGAAGAAGUACAUCGGCAUCCGGAUGCUGUCGCUCACAGCCAGCAAGGCCAAGGAGCUGCGGGACCACCACCGAGACUUCCCGGAUGCGCUCUCGGGGGCGUACAUCAUCGAGGUCCUCCCCGACACGCCCGCCGAAGCCGGCGGCCUCAAGGAGCAGGACGUCAUCAUCAGCAUCAACGGGCAGCCUGUGGCCUCGGCCGGCGACGUGAGCGACCUCAUCCGGAAGGAGGGCGCCCUGCACAUGGUGGUUCGCCGCGGCAACGAGGACGUCAUGCUCACCGUGGUGCCCGAGGAGCUGGACCCGUAG